GGCUGCCGCGGCGACGAUCUCCCAGCGGGCAGUGCGGCCGGGCUCUCCUGAGGCUGCGAGUGCCACGUCCCAAGUGCUACGCGGAGGAGCGGAGAGGGCGGUGCGCGAGGGGGCGGGGAGCAGCGCGGAGCCCGGCCUGGCCACACUGAUCGCCCGCCGCCAUGGGCUCCUCGCAGAGCGUCGAGAUCCCAGGCGGGGGCACGGAAGGCUACCACGUCCUGCGGGUACAAGAAAAUUCCCCAGGACAUAGAGCUGGACUGGAGCCAUUCUUUGACUUUAUUGUUUCUAUUAAUGGUUCGAGAUUAAAUAAAGACAAUGAUACUCUUAAGGAUCUACUGAAAGCAAAUGUUGAAAAGCCUGUAAAAAUGCUUAUCUACAGUAGUAAAACACUGGAGUUGCGAGAGACCUCAGUCACACCAAGUAACAUGUGGGGUGGCCAGGGCUUGUUGGGAGUGAGCAUUCGUUUCUGCAGCUUUGAUGGGGCAAAUGAAAACGUUUGGCAUGUGUUGGAAGUGGAAUCAAAUUCUCCUGCAGCACUGGCAGGUCUUAGACCUCACAGUGAUUAUAUCAUUGGAGCAGAUAUGGUCAUGAAUGAGUCUGAAGAUCUGUUCAGCCUUAUUGAAACACAUGAAGCAAAACCAUUGAAACUUUAUGUGUAUAAUACAGACACUGAUAACUGUCGAGAAGUGAUUAUUACACCAAAUUCUGCAUGGGGUGGAGAAGGCAGCCUAGGAUGUGGCAUUGGAUAUGGUUAUUUGCAUCGAAUACCUACACGCCCAUUUGAAGAAGGAAAGAAAAUUUCUCUUCCAGGACAGAUGACUGGUACACCUAUUACUCCUCUUAAAGAUGGAUUUAUGGAGGUCCAGCUGUCCUCAGUUAAUCCCCCGUCUUUGUCAUCACCAGGAACUACAGAAAUUGAACAGAGUCUGUCUGGACUUUCUAUUAGCUCAACUCCACCAGCUGUCAGUAAUGUUCUCAGUACAGGUGUACCAACAGUACCAUUAUUGCCACCACAAGUAAACCAGUCCCUCACUUCUGUGCCGCCAAUGAACCCAGCUACUACAUUACCAGGUCUGAUGCCUUUACCAGCAGGACUGCCAAACCUCCCUGCCCUCCCCAAUCUCAACCUCCCUGCCCCGCACGUCGUGCCAGGUGUCAGCUUACCAGAGCUCAUGAACCCGGGUUUGCCACCUCUUCCUUCCCUGCCUCCCCAAAACUUACCUGGCCUUGCAUCUCUCCCCAUGCCAUCCGAGUUCCUCCCGUCAUUCCCUUUGGUUCCAGAGGUCUCUUCCGCAGCAGGCUCCACAGAGCUGCUGUCCUCUCUCCCACCCACCGGCAGCCCACCCUCCGACCCUGUCCCGACCACUGCAAGGGCAGAUGCCGCGUCCGCACUCACCGUGGGUGUGACGCCCCCCACUCCCAAGGCCCCGGCCACUGUUGAGGACAGAGUCGGCGAAUCCAUCCCAGCCAGCAAGAAGCCUGUCUCUGCGGUCACGGAUGCAAAUGCCUCUGAGUCACCUUAGCUUUGGACCGGCCUUCGGAAUUGGCGUGGUGUGCUUAUUUCACCACAGGAGUGUGUCUGGAAAUGCAAACUAUCGUUAAUUUCAUACUAGUUUGUACCGUAUCUGUAAGCAUCCUGUAAAUAAUUCUAAGGGGAAAACUAAGCAAGAGGACGUGGGUUUGUAUCCUGCCAAGUGGGGGUGGGGCUCAUGGGCCGGGGAGGGAAAUGUCAGGAAGUGCUUGUAUUUUAAAACAACCAAAAAGAAUUGUAAGGGUGGCUUGCUGCCAGGUUUCCACUGCCAUUCUUGGGGGCGUCCGUCCUUGGGAAAGGUGGUGACAGGGUGUCUGCUAGGCCCCCUGUCCUCCUGCUGCUCCUUCUGUAAGAAAAUGAAAUACUUUAUGCCUAAUACCCACACGCAACAUUUCUUGUAUUUUGUAAAUCAUUUGCGAGAAUGCAGACCACCUCAGUAAACCGUGAAAGGAAAAGAUAUUUUACUUUUUGGUCUCUGAGAGUCAUAUCUCUAUUAAGGUUUACAUGAAAAUUCCAAUGAAAGAUGUUGUUAAAGUUACACUAUGUGCACUAUUAAUUGAACAUCUUUUUAUUCAGCCUAUACACAGAUCUUUGUUUUGAGCUCUCAAAAGUACUCAGACAACAUUUUGUAACUGCUGCCGUUGUUAUACGUCCACCAAAAAAUGGCAUUUAAAAAGAAAUAAAGAUGUUGCACAGUUUUAAACCAGAAGGUGGCACUUUGUAGCUACUUAUAAUAUUAUAGCUAUACUGGGAAGCAUAGAUACAGCAAUAAAUUACAGUAGUUUUGCUUUUCUUCUUGUGGUACAUUUAAAUUACAACUCCUGACUGCCAUGGUGCGUUCGUUCCUCUCCAGUGCAUCACACUGCGUUCAUGUAAUUUUUCAUGUCUGACGUUUGCUGUCUCCUGAAUUUUCUAAGAGAUGGUAAGUUAUGUGGAAUUGAUUUAUUGAAUGAAAUUAAAUGCAUAUUAUAUCUCUGUUUUUUAAAUAAGAUGAAAGAUUGAUCGGUUAUUGACCUGGCACUAGCAUGAAUGUUGCCAGGGGAGCAGCGCGCGGAACUGGUCUGUGAUCACUAGCUGGGAACUAGAGUUAUCAGCGCCCACCCGGUGCCAGCCAGUUUCUAGGAUAGGUCCAUUUCUGGAGCCAGGUUUAUACUUAAAGCUAAAUGAUAAAAGAAGGCUCCACCUCUAAUCAUAGCUCCUUCUGUUUGCAUUAUAAAUAUUUCUAGAAUAGUUCUCUCAGUUAACAAUCCUGUUUUUUGAAAUGGAGCUUAUAACAGGUAGGGAAAAUAUUCACAAGCAUAACUUAAAUGUUACAACUUUUUACUUUCCAGGAUAGGAAAAGUUGAGUUGUUAUUACUUUCUAAAAGAUGUUCAUAUUUUUUAAAAAUGUUAAGGAGAUACUUAAUGGAAAGCAAGUAAGUAAUUUUUAAGCUUUAAAGACAGUUUCUUUAACAGCAGUUUUUCCAGUGCAGUGAUUCUUAACUCUUGUGAGGUCACAGUUCUCAUCUGAGGAUGACAGCAGCCCUGAUGACAUCUUCCCAGAAGAAUGUCUAUAAGCAUAUAAAAAAUACUAAGCUCUGGGGAGAGAGAGGGAUUCUUAGUACUCACUUGGAAGAUGGGCACAGACUUGGCCCAGAUUGGCUCAUUGGAUCUUCCUGAGGUGGAAAACACUUAUUUUAGAUAUUCUCUGCUUCCUUCAGAAAAACCAGUUUCGGUGUUUAUAGACAGUAGCAUAUCCUGUACCAGGGGCCAGAAACACGGAUGUAAAAGAUAGUGUCCCUACCAGUAGACCACUCACUGUGGCCUUGUAGAGGGACAGCAUGGGUGGUCAGUGCUCAGGGCACUCGAGGAUAGCGCUCUAACCAUGGAGAUGUGCCCCGCAGUGAGGAUGGCAGUCAGAAUUAGCUUCGAACCCCUGGGUGGCUCAGUGUGCCUACGUUCACGUGAGAGGCACGAGGCAGUGACAGGGAGGGCGCUGGUUUGAAUAGGCCCGGUUAUCAGAACAGUUCUCAAUAUAACAGUGGUUUAAACAAGCAAGUUUAUUUUCUCUCCCAUGUUCAGAGUUGGAGGUGGUCUGGCUGAGGCAGGACCAGCCCUUGGCAAUGUCAGAGACCGCAGCUCCUGUCUUGUAGUUCUGCCUGGUGUGGUUUCCAUUUCCAAGGUCGUCACAUGGGCCCAGAUGGCAGCCAGAGCCUCCACCAUGCCCUCCUCGUUCCAGCCAGGAGAGAAGGGCCAGCCCCCCUCUUUGGGGGACAUUUCAGAGAAGUUUCACGCAGCACCUUGGCCUACAUUCUUCUGGCCAGUGUGGAGUUACAUGGCCACUUCUAGCUGAACGGGAGGCUGAGGAAUGAAGCCUAUGCUGUCGUGUACUGAGGAGGAAGAAGAGUGACUAGUGAGGCCCCGUGAGCAGCCCCCGCCGAGCCCUCACGUGGCCCCCGCACAGCACCUCCGUUUGCCCAAGACUCAAUGGAGCCAGAGGAGGCAGUUUGGCCAGGGUGCUGGGGCGGGAGCAGGAAGAUUUCUGAGAGAUGACAUUUGACAUGAAGAAUUAUUUAGGCAAAGGAGGGGCAGAGACCAUUUGAGGUUAGAAGAAUGAAUGGUGAGGAGUAGAGCGCACGGGGCCAGAUCCUGAGUGCCGGGCUGGGGCGUUGGAACUUUGUCUUAAAAACAGGAGUCACUGGAGGAUUUCCGUGCGGACAAGCUCAUCUGCAUUUGAGGAAGCCUGUCCGGCAGUGGAAGCUGGCGGGGCAGUCAGCCCUGAAAUGAGCGGAAAGGAGGGAGGAGCUUCAGAGCAGACGGAGGAGACUCGGGAGGCUGCUGUCACCUGAAGGCCACUUUGGUAGCUGAAUAGUCUGUGAGGAUAACUUCAUCUUUACACUUUGUGUCCCUGUUUUAUGCUUAGUCCCAUACUAAACACGCUUACCUAAGAACAGCUGGCAUUAGCUCAAUUACUGAAAAUUGAA